AGCCUCUCCCUCUCAUCCCUGCAGCAUUGUCUCAGUUCUUCAGUCUCUGACCUUCCACAGGGACCAUGCAAUCAUUUGUUAGCAGGUCGUAUCUGACCCCUGUCAGGGAUGAAGAAGCAGAAUCUCAGAGAAAAGCAAAAUCUCGCCAUGCGAGACAAACUCGCAGGUUAACACAGGGUAUGACUCUGACUGACCUGAAAGAGGCUCAGAAGAUCAGCAGCCUGGAAGAUGGAAAAAAUGAGGAUAGCAGCAGACUGGAGGACAGGUCCUGUCUGCGGAUGAGCUUAACAGAUGAUAGAAGAGUUCAGCCUGGUGUGACAGAGUACACAGAAACAACUGAUGUCAGUCUAAACUGGAGCCAAAUGGACGAGGAGGGUAACUUUGAAACCAGAUUAGAAAUCCUGCCUGACCUUCCGCACCGGCCUUACUGCAACAGCUCCUUCAGAGUUGGCGAGAGAUGGUGGAGAGAUGAAAAUCAGAACAUUGCAGAUUCAGCACAGCUGACUUUUGCUGCUAAGCAUCAACAAAGACGGCCCUGCUUUGACACUGAAGGCUCAGACUACAUUGCAAAGCCCUCAGUGCCGAGUCUGUCCAUAGCAGAGCCUCUGGCAGGCUGCCACAGAAAGCUGCCAAAGCUGAAGAGAGCCGGGAGAAGCAGGGGGCUGGGGGUUGGGGAAGCAGAGGGACCGAGAGGGUGA